CACGACGGGCCUGCUGGGCAUGGAGACGGACGAGUUCGACAGCGAGGUGCCGCGUCUGCGCAUGCUCAUCGACUACGAGGAGGUCAAGAUGGCGCGCUACCGGCAAGAGAUGGCUCGCAGGAAGCACAACUACUUGCCCUUCAUAGUGGUUCUACUAAAAAUACUGGCCGCCGAGAAGAAACUGAUGCAGGUGUACGAGAAGGCCAAGGAGCGCGCGUCGAAGAGAGGCCACAAGAAAAUGAAAGUAUAACAUGAGCCCCGGGCCGGCGCCCGGGAGGAAAAAGCGCCGGCCCCCGUCGCCCCACGACGAGCCUCCCACUCCAGCCCUUCCCGCUUGCUAGAGGAUUCCGAGGAAAUGCCGUACACGUUAGCCGACUUAGAUGCGAUAUACAGAGACCCCACCCAAGAGCCCAAGCCCACGCCCCCGCCUGCCUCCGAGGCGCAGGAGGCGGCCACCGAAAACUCGCUUGAGCAAGACCUCAACGCGCUGCAAGAGACGCUGGACAAAGACAUGAUGGAGAUGGAAACUGGCCACAUCGGCAUCUUGCCGCCGCCUCCGCAAGUCAUCGAAGAUGAGUCGCUGGAGCUCCAGGAGAUUAUGGUGGACAAUGUAGUGGCUUCAGAAGUGGUUUUAGAGGACGAUGUGUUCGAUCGCGCGGAACUUUUGGAUGACGACCCUCAAGAUACUCUAAAAGACGACUUCGACUGACUAAACUUUUUCUAAAUAUGUACCAUUGGCAUGCAAUAAUGGUACAUAUUUAGAAAUUUGCCCAUUUGCGCUAAUAACGCAGUCAGUAGUCGGUAUGACUAUUUUAGAGAUAGAUUUUUGAUCAAGAUUCAUUCGGCCUUACAGAAUCAAUUUAAUUUGCAUUGCAUGCAUGCACCAUUCAGUUCAUUUUUGGCAUUACAAAAUCAUUAAAUAUCGUCUUACAAAUUAUAAUUAUAAAUCAAUGUAUCUUGAAAUCAUGUUAGUGGGCUACUUUUAAAGUUAAAGUGCUUCAUAUACCUAAUGUUUAUGGUAUCUAAUAGGCAAGAUGUACUACAAACUCGGAGUUUUCUUAUACUGUUUCUCAAUAAAACAAAUAAAUUAAAAUAUGUAGAUUUAAUUUCUAAAUACAGUAUUCAAUAAUUCGAUAGUUUAAACGAGCAAUUAUUCAAAAACAGUCAUGUUUUUCAAUACUACGCACUAUAUCUAAGAUUUGUGCUAUUUGAGAAUUUUUGAACAUUGUUCGUUUAAUUAACAUAAAAUAAUUUACACAUUUUACAAUAAAUUCUGGCAGUGUUAGUAGCGACGUAUAUAGUAUAACAGUUUCAUAAAAAAUAUACAUUUAUUCGUAGGUUUAAGCAUAAUGGCGAUUAGAUUUACAUACAUUUCGUGCAUUUGUAUGACACAUCAUCUACCAUAUAAGUACUUAUCAGGUACAUUUUAUGUAGCUGCUAAACGUUACGUAUACAUAAUAGGAAGUUGAGAGACGUGUCGCAAGCAAAGUCUGUGGAAGAUCUUAGCAAUAUAGCAUUAAAGUAAUUAAUUGAUACACUAUUUAGGAUAAGGUAGAAUUGGGAAGUACGCAUAGUAUCUACUCGUAAAAGUUAUAAAUAUAUUUAAUACAAGGAAGACGGUUUAUGAUAGUUUACUAUGCCAGUUUGGUAUGUGUAUGUAAUAUCGUACCUACUGUCAUUUCAAUUUACGUCUUAAAAUCGAUCACUGCAUAAAAAUAAUUAUUUACAUCUUAUAAAAUUUAUUCUUACAUCUAAAUUAUAAACCUAAUUAACGAAGGUUUUUUUAUGUAUCAAGAUAUAAUGAUGAGUAAUAAAUUAAUGAAUUUGAGGAGUGAUGUGGCACGUUGAUAAUAUAGUUACAUAGGUGUUCGUUAUUUACAAAAAGAGUGAUUUUGUGUCGAAAACGAUGCGUUAAAUCCGUGACGUGAUGAGGGAAUAUUUACAGAGAUAGGUACGUAUCUUGAGCGAAGCUGCCUUCUAUGUUCUAUGUCGUUACAUGGAUUCGUUGUUCAUAAUGUUGCUGCGCCAAAAUAAUUCGUUAUUCUCGUUAUUUGAAUAUCACAGGUACAUAUAGAGAAUAGAAGGGAGUUUACGAGUUUAAUCAGAGUGCUUGUAUUGUCGGCGGAAUAUUAUGGUUGAAUCCACGUAAUGAGGGAACAGAGGCUGUACGAGUAGUAUCGGCGGGGCGCGAGGGGCGCCUCACGUGUUGGGCUGCAGGCCCCGCGGCUUUAUCAUCAUCGACGCCCGCUUGAGCGUGUAGUCCCAGCCCCUCCAGCGGAACCACACGAUGCCUGGAAAAAAAACCAGUAUUCAAUAUAACUUUGUGUCUUAAGGGUCGGCAUACACGCUACUUGGAGCAGUCUAUGUCAACUGGAGGAACCACGAUGUUAUUCUGUGGAUUAAUACCGCUUGAGCACUUGUGGUAACUCCGGACAGUUUGCAAUAAAGACUACAAAAGCAGUCGACUGAAUGUGAUGUUGCAUAUUAUUGUGUAUACCGGCCCCAUAUGUUAGUGGUUAAGGUGCAUACAUACGGAUAUUGGACUUUUUGUGCUGCGGCAGUUUAUUGUAGUGAGGUUAAGUAUUUUAUUUAAAGAAUGGCAUUCAAUGACUUUAUGUCUGUGGUGUCUUUAAUAUGAAUAACAUGUAAUAAUUAAUAUAGCUAACCGGGUAUUUAAUACUAUUAUUGAUGUAUUUUUGCAAUAUUAUUCUCGAUGUAUUUUUAGGUGCUGGUUGGAAGCCGACCUCAGACCGCGUGCCGGCCUGGGUUAUGCGCUUACGCACAGUGCCGCUGCGCCUUGACUCUUCAUACGGGAGCAGCUUAUUACAAAUUCGGCAAUGUAUACGGUAAACAAUGUAUUUUUAAUGAAAAUCGAUGGUUUUGUAACCUGAAACUGCCUCGAUACUAAUGUAUAGCAACGAGUAGGUAGUGUCAUUGGUUCUGCGGUGGCGGUCUGCGGUCGGUUACCAAUCAUUAUAAUUAUUAUCCAUAUUAAUGUUCAUAUAAUAUUAUUGCUCAUUAUGCGCUCAUAAUAAUCGAUGUUGUAUGUACCUAAUAACUUAUAGUAUCCGUGUAAUAUAUUACUAAUAUCUUCUGUCUGUAUACCACUAUUUCUUUGGAUGCUUACUUAUGAAAUUGCUGACAUAUUACAGAUUCAUCGAUUCAUAAUUCCUGUGAUUUAAUGUUUGUUUCUAUUUGCUGAUUAAAAUAAAAUUUCAAAAAUAAUUCACCCUAUCUCCCAAAACUUAAAUUUUAGCAACAUUAUAUUUAAUUAGUUUUACUUGCAAUGUACAAAAUGGCAAUUUCAUAGGUAAGUUCUUUUAACAGGCAAGAGUACCUUCUCACAAGAUAAUUUACUCAUACAGAGAAUAAUGCUUUUUUAGUCCAAGUAACUGGUAAAUUUCCUAGAGAUUAUAAAUUCAGACCACCAUCAUAAAAGAUUUACAUCUGUGAGCUCGUGUCCUUUUGCUAACAAAUGUUACACACUUCUUCAAAUAUAUAUUUAUUUUAUCUAUUAAAUUCUUCUAUUAACGUCUGAUACUUUAACAGCUAACGAUGGGAUGAAAGGGAAUUGAGGGAAACUCCAGAAAACGUAUUUAGGCCACGUCACGUUAUUGUGCAAUGGCAGAUGCCCGCGCUCUUGUGACGUACUUCGUACAUCGCAAGCGUUUGUCUCAAGCGCCGGCUCUCACCUUGCCUGGCGGUGAGGUCCUGAGGAUCGUGGAGAUACAGCCCGUUGAGGCCACGGCCGCAAGACUUCCACCACCAACCGCCCUUCAACAUCGAGGCGCAGUUCAGCGAUGAUCUGUCAUUGUCCCUGAAAAACAAACACAUUCGUGAAAAUUUCAAGAAAUUGGCUAGGUAUUAAGAGCGGUCACAUAAGUACCUACCUACUUGUUACUAGUCUGGAGAGUAGUUUGAAAAUUUUGAUGCCUAACUAAAGUAAAGUGUUCCUACCUCUCACUAUUGCAAAUCCUGUAAUGGUCAUCAUCUACCUACACUACUGUUUUAACCGCAAAAAAAAAAUUAAGAGUAGCUAAAUUUUUCGAAGGGGAAAGCUAAUUUGUUUUUUAAUUAGGUACAUAAAAUCUAUUUUAGAAUACAAGCCACUGAAUGUGACCACUAUGUAUGUUUGACUUGAAGUUAUGUAAAUUGUGUUGAUGAGAAGCACGAUGGUAAUUAGGUAUCCAGUUUGGGCUCACCUGUUGUAUGUAGAGAAAGGGCUGUUGUUUGAGCCGUACCAGGGGUCGUUGAGAGAGUCUCCAGCGUUCCCUUCGUACCCAUCGAUCUCCAAUUUGUAGUAUUCCGCUUCCGAGUAGAUCUUGAAGUGCGAAUACUGCGCGUAUCUAGAACGUGACAACCAAAAUUAUUGGUCUAGUACACUUUGAUCACUUGGAUUUGAUCACCCAGGUGAUCAAAGAGGACUCCAGGCGUCACUUUGGUGUCCUUUGAUCAC